GGACUUUUGAACUCUUUCCAGUGUUGACUGUUGAUUUGUUGGUUUACAACUUUUCAAGUUUUCAAUUCAAAUUACAUUGGUCUGUUGAAGUUUGAAUCAGAAAUUUAUAAAAUGUUGAAAAAUAGCCAAAAUCCUCAACACUAUCUAACAUCAACAUUCAAAUAUGAAUUACAAGAACUAGGAAUACAAUUGAACUUAGAAGAUGCUAAUGUUCCACAUAUACUAUAUAAAGAACAGGCAUUGGUGGUGAGAGACCUGGAAAAACAUUUCAAUAAUGAUAAUGACAGAAUCAAAGGAUUUUUAAAUGGACUGAAAGAAAUGUGUAAAAAUGAGAAAUAUUUUCAUAAAGCUCUCCUUCUCACCAACUUGAAGAAGGAAAAUGAAGAAUCUUUUUCAGGAAGAUGUGGACAAAUUGAGCAAGAAAGUUUAUUUAGAAUCUUUCUCAGGGUGAAUUGUUUACAAAAAGAGGUGAUGAAUCUACUGUUGAAUGAGAUGACUAUUGUAUCAUCAGAGUCUGAAGAGGACACAUCUUGGUUACAUUUACUUCUCAGUCCAUUACGCUAUCUAUCCUUCCUAAAGGAUCCAGAUAUUUUAACUGCAAAAUUGACAGACAUUCUGGAAGUGGCUAGUUAUCCAGCACAAUUGGAAAUACUUGAUUCAAUCCCAGAAAUUAUUCCUGAUAAUCAAUAUCAUGAAACUGCAAAGCAACUUUGUAAAUUGCUGGAUGAAGAUGAUGCAUUGAUUGGAGCUGUAAUAGAUUGCCUGAAUUCAUUAGAUCUAGAUGCUGAUAUAAGAUUGGAAAUACAUGAAAGAAUAUUAUCUAGGAUUGCUAGUGGAACAACCUUGAAGAUAUUUCCUAUUCUUCUAGCGUUCUUGUUAACAGACUGCAAUCCACAGAACUGUGUUCAAACACUCAUGAAGAUUCGAAAUACAAUGGAAACUGUCAUGCUGUCAACAGAUAGAAGCAAUGAGAAAGACUCCUGUAAAAUAUUGAUAUUCAACAAACUGCAAUCAUUCACAUUAUCGACAAAAACUAUAUCAGAAUCAUGGCUGAACAUGAUUUCCAAUAUCAAGUCACACUCAGAUCACAAAGCCAUUGACUAUCUUAUACUGUUUAUGUUGCAUUCUACGAUGAUUCCCAAGAAGAAAAUUAUUGAAUCCAUGUUCAGAAAACGAGUGCACUCCGGAUUCUUCAAAAUCAGCCAAAUGGAGAGAAUGUUUGAUAAAUAUUUGCCACAUCAACUAUUGAAAGAUUAUUUUGAAUCAAUAGUCGAAAUAGGCUGUAGUUUGCUUCGAAGCUCAAAUGACCAGACAAUAACUGAAUUUGCCACCAGCCUAUUCCAAAUUUUAUUCAGUCAUGAGUAUACCGAAAUUGUCAAUCAUCGCGAAAUGCUCAACAGUCUCAUGGUACUCACUGGAUCAAAUGAUAAAAAGACAGUCAGCAAUGUUUUGAAAAUUAUAUCAUCAUUUUUGGACGACUCAGAAAAGUUGAGACAGCACACAUCAUAUCUAAUGAGACUGCUCGAAAAAUUAGACUCCUUGGAUUUGAAAGAUGUCAAAGUAGUAUUUGAAAUACUAUGUAGUUUGACAUGUGGCCCAGAUGCACCUGAUUCAUUAUCUGGAUUAAAGGAUGAAAUUCAUAUGAUAAUAAGGAAACAGCUGUAUAGUUCCAAGAAAUCGAUAAAACAUAGAGGAAUAAUAUCAGCAGUUGUAAUGGCACGUAAUAUAGUUCAAAUUCCAAAAGACACUGACUUCGCUACUCCUUCACCUAAAGGAACGAUCAAAAGUAUAAUGGAUCUACCAAGAGGUCCAGCUAAAGAGGCUGGUGCACUUCUAGAGCUAGCUAUUACCUGCACUUCUGGAUGUUCAGAACUAAUGGGCCUAUAUUAUGACCAGUUGGCUUCCAUGCUUGUGGCGAAUCAUCAUAUAGAUAAGUUAUUCAUGUCUUGGUUGUAUGAGACGGUAACAGCAAAUUUUCAAGACAAAUAUAUUGUGAGUGUAUUGCCGCAAAAUGAAGAUCAUAUGCAUAUCACUGCACAAUAUUUGCUCAAUAGCCCCACAGAAAUGGAAACAAUAGAAAUGGGAGUGAAUAUCGCAGGACCAGUUCUCAAGAAAAAUCCUUCAAUUUUACUUUUGGCUCCACAUUUUCGGUUAGUAAGGCUAUUACAUUACCGUCUACAAGAUGGGGAUCUCUCAUCAUUAGAUGCCCUACUAGGAUGUAUGGUAGCCCUACCAGAACUAAAUGAUAUAGACGAUUUCGAUUCAGAUCAGAUGAAAGAAGUGGCUGAUUGCUUGUUCCAUUGUGCUAAUUGGUUCAGGGAAGUCAUAAGUGGCUUUGUUACGAAGAAUAAGAGAUAUCUUAGGUCGAAAGUUAUAAGGAGACUUGAGGAUCUAGUAGACGUCGAGAUGAAGCUUCAGAGAUGUUUGGAGAAAGUACCAGACCAUAAGCUACCAUCAAGCUAUUUUAAUGAUGGCACCGAACAUAACAAACAACCAAUUCCUCCAUCCAAGAAUGAAUCGAAAAUAAGGAAUCCAAAAAAGAAGUUGAAAACAGCUGAGACAAUUAAUGAACUAGAUGAUACAGCCACUAUGACUAUCAGACCUUCUCAAGGCAAAAGAAAAAAAUCUUCUAAAGUGAUCAGUGCAGAAAAUGUGAUACAAUUCAGGGAUUUGGACACAGAUAUAGUUUUGUUAUUGAAGUAUCCCUUGAGAACUUCCGAUGACUGCACUCAGAUAACUACACAAUCGGCCACGUUGAAAAUCGAACAUCUGAACUUUCUGCUUAAAGAUUUGGUUUCGAAAUUAUUCGUGUGCACCCAGAAUAAAGAUGUUGGACUUUCCCAUUUGAAUGAAGUUAUUCCUUUGCAUCUUAUCAAGGAUGCUUCUGUUCAUAUAUUACCUCACCUGGAUAUGCAUAUCAAGGCCAUUGUUAUAAAGAUAAAUAAGUUGUUAGAGGAUAGUGAUGGCAUAUUAGAUGCACCUGAAAUGUUUACCACAGAGGCUCUGAAUGAAAAAACUUGUUUUGGCCUGAUUCUGGAAGCUUUCCAUCUUAUAUUUGGCUGGACAGGAUUUCAUAAUUCCACUAAUUUAGAGGUAUUGAAACUGCUUCUGAAAAGUAUGAAAUCUACUGAUCAAUCUCAAACACUUAAUUCGGCGAACAAAUUGAUCACUGAAUUCAUUUCACGCCUCUCAGGUUAUAGCAGUCAGUGUCUUGAAUUAUCCCAGGGAGUCCAUCUCAUGAAAACUAUGCAGUCUUUAUAUUCACUAACCACUCCUGACAAUGAUGUUCAAAAAAAGAUAGUAUCGAUAUCUGGUAAACUGCUCUCCAAGCACUGGUACAACUCUAAAGGUGUGCUGGAUUCUGGAAGAAGUAGUAUUCUAAAUAUUGAUAUUUUGAUAAAAGUUUAUCUGAGUAGUGCUAGUUCGAAAACUAUAGCUGGUCUGAUUGGAACUCUUCAGGACCAAGUAAAAUCUCUAAAUGCCAAAGAUGAUAGUUUGAUGAUGUUGCCAAGCAUAAAUAAACAGAAUUUCCACGUUUUUUAUAAUGGUCUAUGUUCUGCAUUACUAAACAGGAUAAAAACUGAAGUUCAGUCGCUCUCCAAUGCUCAACAUUUAGAGUUGUGGAGCACCACAUCUCUCUCAAUGCAUGGUCUGAUGACUAUUGCAAAAGCUCAAGAAACUAAAACCAAUCUAACAUGUUUUUUGAAGAAGUCCAUUGGUAUUCUGAAAGUUUUCUUAUCUCAUGGGAUUCCAAUUUUGGAAAUGAUGCUACGUUCCAAACCUGAUGAAGUUGUUUCCAUAUUCAAAUCAAUGCAGUCUAGCACAAGAUUCUUACAUCAUUUAUGUUGUUAUACCAAAUUUACAAAAGAUGCUAGCUUGAUGGCUUAUGUUCCGCAAUUUCGAUUGACUCUAGAAACACUUGUCUACAGGUAA